AUGGAGCCCUGGGUGAUGCUGGACCCGCGGCAGAAGGCGCUGUACCGGGACGUGAUGCAGGAGAGCUACGAAACGCUGAUUUUGAAGCCACGCUCUCCCCUUUUUUUUUUCCUUUUUCCUCCCCAAUCUCCUCAGCAGCCUCAGGGGCUGGUGAGCGAAAAAGCCGCGGAGGAAGGCGCCGCCGAGCAGAUCCCCGAGGAGCUCGAAGCGCGCCCGUCCCGCAGCCCGGAGAGGGCCAAAACUUUGGGCUCCAACCGGAGGAACAAACGGCCCGACAAAGCCGUACCCCACGGCCUCACCAAACUCCCCAAAACCACCCCGGCCCCCAAAUUAGACUGCGCCAAACCCCUCCGGGGGGGUGCAAGCGGCAAGGGCUCGGCACGGGAGCGACCCUACGGCUGUGCCGACUGCGGGAAAAGCUUCCCGUGGGCUUCGCACUUGGAGCGGCACCGGCGGGUGCACACGGGCGAGCGGCCUUUCGGCUGCCCCGAAUGCGGCGAGACCUACAGCCAAAGCUCCCACCUCCUCCAGCACCGCCGCACCCACGCCAGCGACCGGCCCCAUAAAUGCGGCGAGUGCGGCAAGCGUUUCGCCGGGGCGGCCGAGCUGGCGGCGCACGGCCGGGGCCACGCGGCCGAAAAACCCCACAAAUGCGGCGACUGCGGCAAAGGCUUCGUUUGGGCUUCCCACCUCGCCCGCCACCGCCGCGUCCACACCGGGGAAAAACCCUUUGGGUGCCCCGAGUGCGGCGAAGCUUUCACCCAAGGUUCCCACUUGGCCAAGCAUCGCCGUAGCCACACGGGCGAGCGGCCCCACCGGUGCCCGGCGUGCGGCAAGACUUUUGGCCAGAGCUCCGACCUGGCCCGCCACCGCCGCACCCAUUUGGGGAAAAAAGCUUUGCGCUGCGGGGAUUGCGGCAAGCUUUUCCGUGCGGGGCCGGCCCUGGCAAGGCACCAACGGGGUCACCGGCGAGAGCGCGCCCACCGCUGCGGCGACUGCGGGAAGGGUUUCGUUUGGGCAUCCCACUUGGAGCGGCACCGGCGGGUGCACACGGGCGAGCGCCCCUUCCCCUGCGGCAGCUGCGGCGAGCGCUUCGCCCAAAAAGCCCACCUCCUCCAGCACCGUAAAACCCACUCCCCCGACCGGCCCUAUAAAUGCGGGGAGUGCGGGAAGCGUUUCGGGGAGGCCCCCCCUUUCCUCGCCCACCAGCGGGGCCACGCGGCGCAGAAGAGCUACACGUGCGGGGAGUGCGGCAAGGGUUUCGCCUGGGCGUCCCACCUGGAGCGCCACCGCCGCGUCCACACCGGGGAAAAACCCUACGAGUGCCCCGAGUGCGGCGAAGCCUUCAGCCAGAGCUCCCACCUCACCAAGCACCGCCGCAGCCACCUCCCCAAAGUGGAUUUCUCCCAUUCCUCAAGGACCCAGCCGGUGGGGGGAAAGCCCCUCGCUGCGCCCUGCUGCGCCGUGGGGUUGGCGAAUCCGCCCGGGGACUGCAGCGGAGAGGAGCAAUGAAGGACCCCGAAAUGAAACUUUGGGAUGGGGACGAGGCAAAGGACAGCAAGGGACACUUUUUCAUCACCCUCUUUCAUCGGGGUUUCUCCUCCUGAUGUCUCCUAGAAGCGUUGGGGGAACGUUGUGUGCACCCUUGGUGCUGGGGACUCAAAAAAGGGACAUUUUUGGGGACAUGAAACCCCUUCCCAGGGGACACACGGUGCCCUUUUGCAUUGGGAAGGGUCGACGCGGGUUGCUGGGGCUGUCCUUGUGCCAAAAUACGUGGUUAUUUGUGCCUGCUCCA